CUAUUCUAGGGACAAAGCCUGAGUAACAAGCGUGACCAAACAAUAACAACGCCCUUUAUAUUCGAUGGGAAGUAAUUAAUUUGAUAGGGUAGUUAUUGCCCUUGUCUGAAGAGAGAAUCCUAAAACGUGUAGAUUUGUGUGUCGGACAAUCGCGAAUAGCGAAAACGCAUAAAGCACCCCAGCCUAUUGAUAAGAUCAAGUACCAUAAGGAUACCUCAGUAGCUACACGGCUGUUUAUUACGGCCACAGCAGGACCUCUCAUUCGGUAAAAGCGCUCUGGAAUCCUACAGGGCUCUUAUCAAGUAUUAUAACCUCAAAACUUUAUGUCGGUGACUUCACAAGCGAAACUUUGGCCAAGCUCACUUGCUUCGCGCGUCGAAGGUCUGGUAAAACUUUCAGGUUUGCAAGCCAAUUGAAUCAGAUCAAGAAGCAAAAGUCAGACAAGCCUACUACUUAGUAUUUCACCCCAAGGGAAAAAGAUGAGUGAUCCACGGAGCCGAACAAUAUCAGCCUCAGCUGUGCCAUCAAACACCUUCAAUCCUUUACCAGCCUCAUCUGUGCCAUCAAACACCUUCAAUCCUUUAACAGCCUCAUCUGUGCCAUCAAACACCUUCAAUCCUUUACCAGCCUCAUCUGUGCCAUCAAACACCUUCAAUCCUUUAUCAGCCUCAUUUGUGCCAUCAAUCACCUUCAGUCCCUUAUCAUCGUCUUCUACGCCAUCAAGCACCUUCAGUCCCUUCACUAUCGAGCGCCUAUUGUCCAAACAAACACCGAGACUUCAUAAGGAUAUCACUAGACACACGACGCCGACUUCACAUGAUCAAGCUAGCACAGGUACCUGGAUGGCCUGCCCCACUGAUAGGCACGAAAGUAUAGAUGUCUAUCGCAGGCGCAAGCGAAAGCGCGACCCGUCAAAGAAGCGCACGCGCACGGCCUUUACCAACACACAGAUCCGGGAACUCGAGGCCGAAUUCCAGAAAAACAAGUACCUGACGAUCACGCGCAGAGCCGAACUCGCAAACUCCCUCGAGCUCAGCGAUACGCAAAUCAAAAUCUGGUUCCAGAACAGAAGAACGAAGUUGAAAAGGAAGCUAGCGUCGGAAAUGUUAUUUAGCCUUACCCCACCCCCCGCGGGACACUUUUAUCCCUGCCAUCCGAUGCUAGAACCUAGUAACCAGAUACGCCUAGUGCAGGAGCCAUGCAACUGCUGGUAUGCCGCGGGCUCAAUAGGGUAUCCUGUUCUGUAUGAAAGAUAUCAUGCGACUGAGAGAUACAGGAUGUGAUGCUACCAGUUACGGGUAGAAGCAACGGGUAGUAUGAGUUUUCAGCCAUGGAUACAAGUAACAUGGUUUAUGAGCCAUUGGUUCAAGCAAGGCUCCAUUUCGAUAAAUAACAGACAAUUCAAUAUUGAUUUUUCAAUGAACUCUCACAAAAUAACAAAACGUUGGAUAAGUUUAGGAUAAAAAACGAGCACAAGAAUAUCAUGGAUUUGUUUGAAUGAAUUCUCGCAAGUCGUAUUGUGGUGACCCGUCACGUGUUCUACACGUUUGCUUUGUGAAGUGCAGUAGCUUAGGCGCGAGGUUAUCAGCGCCAGUGAAUUAGUGCGGAACUAAUAGCUGGUUGGGGGCUAUGUUGUUUUGACAGUCAAAUACAUUGAACUGAAUACCGGAGACGACGAGACUGCUCCCUCGAGGCUAUUAAAAAAAAAAAAAAAAGAAAGACUCAAACGACAUGCCAUCGAACAAGCAGAACUGCAGGCAGUUACCUGGUAACAAACCUCGUACGAAAAAAAAAAAUUCUAAACAACCUCUGUUUUAUAAGAAACUCUUUUAUAAGAACGUCCAGCGUAAGAUUCCAUCAAAUUAAGAACAUGCUUUAAAAAUGUCGAAACUAGAAUAGCAGCAAUAUAUUGUUUUGUGUGUGAUGCAUUCUAAAAUGUAGAAUCAAAAUAUAAUUGUGUUCCUAUAACUUAAA